AUGACUUGGAAUAGAUUUGAAGAAGAAUUACGAAAAUUAUUAGAUGAUGCGAAUACAUGGCAUCGAAAUAUUAAAUUAGACUAUAAAAUUGGUACUGGUCUUCCAUUUCUUGAUGUACAACUUAAAAAUUAUGAAGAAAAAUCAUUUCUUCAUUACACACAUGAAAAAAGCUUUAAAUUUUUUGAACGUGAUAUCCAUUGUGUCUACGAACAUAUAUUUAAAUCUACACCAACAAUGUAUGCCAAACUUAUCGUUGGCAAUCGUAAUCGAAGACAGGCAACUAAUGUACUGAUACGCAAACGACAGACACAAACAUUUCUACAGAACAACAUAACGCAAAAUAAGCUUCAAACUAAAAAUAAAGAAUUCAAAAACAAAAUAUUCCUUUAUUUAUAA